CUCUAGGAUCCUUAUCUCAAUAAAGCUUCAAAUUAGAAUCAUUUCUGUGCAUGGCAUCUCCUUCACCAAAAACUGUCCGCGUAGAUCGACUGCCUUUGCCGGUCACUAUCAGCUUUAUUCGUGCUAAAGCCAAAGAAGGCGAGACAGUUCGGAUUGGAAACAAAGAAUUUCCAACGGUAAUAUGUGUUGGACGCGUGGUGUCAUGCCGUCCAGUACGAACACUGAAUUCGUUGCAAUAUGUUGUUUGCGACUCUCCAGAAGGCAGUGUGACAAUGAACCAAAUCUCGGUGCUGCAUCGUAAUGAGUCAUGUCCUCCAAAAGAUUCCGAUCGGCUAUCACCGGGCACACCUGUGUUUAUCUCUGGGAAACUCAUUCGAUUCAAAGGUGCGGUGGCAGUCCAGGCAUCUUGUUUGAGAAAGUUAAUCUGCCCCGAAGAGUAUGACUGUAUAAAGAUGGAAGCAUUUCUUGCAGUGCAAUAUCACAUGAAGAACCCUGCCAUUCUGAACCCUAUGCGACGUUCUCUGCAGGGUACUCCUCUUUCAAGAACGAGCUCGCCACUCACAACUCCUUCUCCCAUUAGUGUCCCCCGUACAGCUCCCUCAUCUGCUCCUGCUAAGCGUUUGAUUUGUUCUACUCCUUCCAAACCGACUCCGAAAAGACCCAAUGUUGCAAAUGUCUCGACUCGUAGACCUAUGAACUCUGCACCUGCUCAGGAAAGUUUGAGCACUGUGAAGACUGAUACUGCAAUUCAGAAGACAUUGUCAAAGGAAGCUGGUAGUCAAGAUUCAUUCGAAGACGGUGUGUUUUUUGAAAGUUGAAGCAUUUAUUUUUACUCGUGGCUCGUUUUGGUUACUUAGAUUCUUUAUAAGUUUACAUAGGACAGAAAUUGAUUUUUCUUGUAGAAAACUUGAUCUCCAUGGCUUUUUCUUCAUUGUGCAUCGAAUCCGUCUUUUUUCAUCACUUAUGUGCAAGAUCCUCUCAAUAAACUCGCAGAGAC